AUGCCGCCGCUUGAAAAGACCGGGGACGACAGCUCCAUCGACAUCGACGCCGAGUCGGCCCGCCUGCCGACGCCCGAUGGAGAAGAGGAAGUCGAGCUGGAGCGCAUCAACACCUACCGGCUUCAGCAGCAGGAGACGGUCGGGUCGAGUCGCAGUCGCAUUCCGCGCGAGCAAUGGCUGCCCCUCGGCGCUGGGAAGCCCUAUCCCCCUGACCUGCCGAAUGUCGAGGCAUAUAUCGUCGAGUUUGAGGGACCAGACGACCCGAUGCAUCCCCAGAAUUGGCCGAUGAAGAGGAGGGUGAUCCUAGGGUGCAUUUUGACGUUCGCUGCGCUGGUUGCUGCGUAUGGCAGUUCGGUCUUCGCUACUGCGACCCCAGGCACGAUGAGCGAGUUCGGGUUUGGAAAGGAAGUAGGUGCGCUUGGGACGACGCUGUAUGUGCUUGGUUUCGCGGCCGGACCGACCAUCUGGGCGCCCAUGUCUGAACUCAUCGGCCGACGGGUGCCGCUGCUAGUGGGAAUGCUGGGAUUCGACAUCUUCAUCAUCGCGACGGCCACCGCGAAAGAUACGCAAACGAUCAUGCUGACCCGGUUUUUCUCUGGACUCUUCGCCGCGAGUCUCAUCGCGUUGGUGCCGGCCAGUCUGUCGGAUCUCUUCAACAGCCACCACCGCGGUAUCGCCAUAGCUGUCUAUACCAUGUCCGUCUUCUUGGGACCAUACACCGCCCCAUUCGUCGGAGGAUACACAGCAGAGAGCCACCUAGGUUGGAGAUGGACACUUUACGUCCCCGCCAUCGUCGGCUUCUUCGCUCUAGGCCUGCUAGUCGUCUGCGCACAGGAAACAUACGCACCCAUCAUCCUCGUCCAAAAGGCAGCCAUCCUCCGCCGCCAAACGCGCAACUGGGGCAUCCACGCCCGCCAGGAGGAACUCGAAAUCGACAUCCGCGAGCUCGUCACCAAGAACUUUGCGCGUCCGUUCCGGAUCCUCUUCACCGAGCCAAUUGCCUUCCUCAUGACGCUGUACAUGUCCUUCCUCUACGGCCUGUGCUACGCCAUGCUGCAAGCCUUCCCGCUCGUCUUCCAAGGCGUCCACGGGAUGUCGCUCGGAGUCAGCGGACUCCCGUUCAUCGGAUUAAUCAUCGGCGAAAUCCUAGGCGCGGGCUUCGUUCUCUCCUUCUACAAGUCCUACACGCGCAAGUUGGUCGCGAAUAACAACGUCCCCAUCCCCGAGUGGCGCCUGCCUCCAUGCAUCGCAGGCGGUAUCGCAUUCGCAGGAGGUCUUUUCUGGUUCGGCUGGACCGGCUACAACCCCUCAAUCCACUGGAUGGCGCCCACAGCCUCCGGCGUGCUGGUGGGCUUCGGCCUAACCUCCAUCUUCAUGCAAGGCUUCAACUACAUCCUGGACUCCUACCUGAACUUCGCGGCCUCCGCCUUCGCGGCCAACACCAUGAUGCGGUCCAUGGUCGGCGGCGUGUUCCCGCUCUUCACGCGCCAGAUGUUCAACAACAUGGGGAUCCACGGUGAUCAUGAUUCCGAUCCCGGUGCUGUUUCUGAUUUAUGGGCCGAGGCUGCGGAGGAAGAGUAA